AUGAUGAAAACUUACUUGCUGAGUCUUGAGGAGGAUGGGCUUUUAGAAGAUAGUGAUGGUGACAUAGUUGAUAAUGAAGAGUAUACCGAAGGCUUGGAUAAUAUUGUCGACGAGUUAGAACAACUGCAAGUAAAUGAAAAAAAAAGUAGAGGAAGGGAAGAUAGAGUGAGAGAGGGUAGGGCAAGGGGGAAUAGAGCAAGAAAAGAUAGAGCGGGAGGAAAUGGAGCAAGGGGACAUCAAAGUAAAGGUGGAAGAAAUAACACAGCUUUGAACAAAACUGAAAUCUCAGCACAAUUACCCGUACCUCCUGAUUUUGUUCCAUUAGAACAUAACUUACCAUAUCACCGAAGCUAUGUCAAAUUGCCAUUAGCCUUUCCUGAUCGUAAUAUCACUCCAUAUGGAUUAAUUAGACUUUUUUUUUCACAAACUAUUCUCAAUACAAUUGUAACGAAUACAAAUAAAUAUGCACAACUAAAAAAUGCUGGUACAAUCGGACGAGAUUGGACAAAUUUAACAUUAAAUGAAUUGAAGACUUGGUUAGGAAUUGUUAUAUAUAUGGGUGUAAUAAAAUUGUCAAGAGUAGUUGAUUACUGGUCUACCGAUUUCAAGUUUUCUAAACACAACAUUAUGCAAGAAAUGUCACUACUUUAUUGGUAUGGCAAAGUUGAACCGCUUGCAUCACAUAUCAAAAAGAUUAGUCAACAAAUCUAUAUACCUGGUUCACAAGUAUCGAUUGAUGAAAUGAUAAUUCGAUUUUCUGGAUGCAGUGGACAUACUUUUCGAAUUAAAAACAAACCUACUCCUGAAGGCUAUAAAAUUAUGUCUUUAUGUGAAAAAGGUUAUACUUAUGCAUUUACAUUUGAAUCACGUAUUAAGAUCAAUAAUAAAAUUCCAAAUAUUUUUGGUCUUAAUAAAACAGGAUCACUUGUAUCCUAUCUUGUUACUCAACUUCCUUACAAUUGA